GUUUUCGAAGAGCGCCGACUCUCUCUCAGCUCGUGUACGGACAAAAUACUAGUGCGUGAAAUUUUUCUGUGCCAAUUAAACUAAAAAUAAAACUAUUUUAAGGAAUAAAAACUAACUAAACUGAACUGUAAUUUUUGUUGUAGUAAUUUUAAAACAUUAGUGAAGAUUGCGUAUUCUAUAAAAUAUAAAAAAUGGAGAACAAAUUUAUGUUUCAGUGGUCAAUAUAAAUUUUACUAAGCUUGUAGGGAAAACCGAUUGAAAAAUCCUGUAUAGAGGCGAACUGGCUUCAAAUAAUAUAAGUAUGAAAGAAAUGGAUGCAAAUCCAUCAGCUUGAAUAUGGUUGUACUACUUCGAUAAGUGCUUGGCCGGGGUACAGCGUAAAAUUCAAUGUCUAUUAAAACGAAAACAAAAGCGAAGGUACCGAUGGUGGUAAUAUACAAUAAAGAAGAAAAAGUGGAAGUGGAAUUAACAGUGACUGCUGUCAGCUAAAAAAUCCAAGUGGAAAAGGCGACUGCGAUUACCGAAAAUGGCGUUCUAAUCGAGCUGGUCUAAACCCUUUCCCUUUGACUCGGUCGCAAUUUGUAAGGAUAAACUGAGAAAUCGGCAGUGACUUAAAAUAAUGUGGAUUGCUAAACGACUUAUUAAAAUUAAAUAAAAAAUGUGCUAUAUGUAGAAUGAAACGAGUGUAGUGUACAAAAAAAUAAUAUACAUAAGUAAACUCAAACAAAGAAAAUUGGUCUUGGGUUAAUGUAUUUGCACAAGUUCACUUAUUUAUUUGUAACUUGUGUAUUAAUUACAUAGCAUAUUUAAAAAAAAAAAAAAAUUGUAACAACUUUUAUUACCAAUUCAAAAAUAAUAAUAUAAUUUAUAAAAGAAAAAUGCCCAGCGCUUCCUUUACAUCGUCACGUUCAUACGUGCGCCGUUCCCGUCGAAAAGGUGUCAAUCGCAUAGCUUUACCAAAUCGUCCAUCCGGUAACAUAAUGGAUCCUAUGCAGCAAAACAUUCCCGGACCAAGUUCUGCCUCACAUUCUGGAGCAAAUUCCAGUUCUAACGCCGGUUCAUCUUCCCUUCAAAAUAAUGACAAUAUUACAAAUUCAAAUAUUUCGCCUGCUCCACAAGACUCAUCAUCAAUUCAAACAAAUCCUCAUUCGACAUCAUCAGUCGCAUCAUGUUCUUCUGGUGAUACAUCAUCGCAAUCAGCUGCAAUUGUAGUGAGCACAUCGUCAGCAGCAGCAGCAGCGUCAACAGCUGCUGGUGCAGUUUCAUCAGAAAUGUUUGUGGAUGUGUCUGGGGCAUCCUGUUCACAAUCAUCAAAUUCAGGGCCUUCUACGUCCAGCGGUAUUUCAGGUCCUUGCUCCUUUGGCGUAGUCAACUCAAAAAACAUACUUGGAGCUUCUUGUUCUAAUAAUAUAAUAGGAUCGUCAGGUUUUAAUGCAGGAGGAGGUUUUGUGGGUGGUCAUCUGGUGGAUUCUGCAUCGAGUAGUCCUUGUCCAGGUCCGUCAAGUAGUUCAAAUCAUAAUAGUACCAAUACUUCUAGUAUUGUAAAUCAUACAAGCAAUUGUAAUUCACAUUAUUCAAAUUCGGUAUUGUGCAACUCCUUAUCAAAUGCAACUGCAUCUACUUCUGCGUCUGCGACCAAUAGUACACAUCAAUCACCAUAUGAUCUUCGACGCAAAAUGCCUGCUAAUGGACAUGAGCAUUGGUGUAACACCAGCACUUCUGCUAUUCUUUCAUCUCCUCCUGCAAUAGUUUCUACAGCCAGCAGCAGCAAUAUUGCAGCUCCAAACACCAACAAUAGCAGCUCGCAAUCAGUUUCCUGUGGCUCACCGCCUCAUCUGGGAGGAAGUUGCAAUCCCGCUUCCAUCUCCGUUAUGCCAUCAUCAUCAUCCUCAUCAUCAGCAAUUGUGCAUACGCCAUUAACUAGUGCCACUUUUCCUGUAAAUUCAACUACUACUGGUGCACUAUUAGGCCCAUCGCCUACAGUGCACAGUUCAAUACCACAACAGCAUUGCAGUGAUCUUCCGAUUGGCGGAAUUGAAGACAAUAAUUUUAUGUUACCAGCUCGCAAACGAUCACGACGUUUGUAUGCACAAACUGCAGAAGUGCCCUGCAUGGCUGCCUGUACAGGCAGCAGCAUGCUAACAGGUCCAACUGCAGCUCAAUACUUGCAAUACGAAAUGCCCGACGAGGUCCUGCUCGCAAUAUUUUCGUAUCUUCUAGAGCAGGAUUUGUGUCGGUUGUCACUUGUUUGUAAACGUUUUAACACUAUCGCUAACGAUACCGAAUUGUGGAAACGAUUGUAUCAGUCCGUGUUCGAAUACGAUAUGCCACUAUUUAAUUCUGAACUAUGUAAAUUCGUCUUUGAAAAACCAGAAGAAUCUGAGUUUACCAAUCCAUGGAAAGAGAGUUUCCGGCAACUUUACCGUGGCGUACACGUUCGUGCAGGUUUUCAGGAUAAAAAGUACCCCGGCCGUAGUAUAUUAUUCUUCAAUACAAUACAAGGAGCAUUGGACUAUCCUGAAGAACGUGCCGCAGCUGCGGCCAUUGCAAGUUCAAGCAGCUCAAAUGCAUCUGGAAGUAUUGCUAAUUCAAGCAAUUGUGGUAGUAAUGUUAGUGCAGUAGCGAACAUUUAUGAAGAAAAUAUACAACCCGCCGAUCAUCCAGGGCCACUUAUCUUCUUACAUGCUGGUCAUUACAAAGGCGAAUAUUUGUAUAUAGAAUCGGAUGUAGCUUUGAUUGGUGCAGCAUCUGGAAAUGUGGCCGAAUCCGUCAUAUUAGAACGCGAAGCCGGUUCCACUAUGAUGUUUGUAGAAGGUGCCAAAUAUGCUUAUGUUGGGUAUUUGACGCUGAAGUUCUCCCCUGAUGUCACAUCCACAGUGUCUCAUCAUAAACAUUAUUGUUUGGAUAUUGGGGAGAAUUGCUCACCAACAGUAGAUAACUGCAUUAUACGUAGCUCAUCGGUUGUGGGCGCAGCUGUUUGUGUUAGUGGUGUUAAUGCUAAUCCUGUCAUACGCAACUGCGAUAUAAGCGAUUGUGAGAAUGUUGGUCUAUAUGUAACGGACUACGCUCAAGGAACUUAUGAGCACAAUGAAAUAAGUCGCAAUGCUUUGGCAGGAAUAUGGGUGAAGAACUUUGCCAGUCCUAUUAUGCGCGAGAAUCAUAUUCAUCAUGGACGCGAUGUAGGCAUAUUUACAUUUGAAAAUGGAAUGGGUUACUUUGAGAAAAACGAUAUACAUAACAAUCGCAUUGCGGGUUUUGAGGUCAAAGCAGGUGCAAACCCUACUGUAGUCAAAUGCGAGAUUCAUCAUGGGCAAACCGGCGGAAUUUAUGUGCAUGAGAAUGGUUUGGGGCAGUUUAUUGAGAAUCGCAUACAUUCAAAUAAUUUUGCAGGCGUCUGGAUAACUUCAAAUAGUAAUCCCACUAUACGCAAGAAUGAAAUAUAUAAUGGACAUCAAGGAGGUGUAUAUAUAUUUGGAGAAGGUCGUGGUCUCAUCGAACAUAAUAAUAUAUAUGGGAAUGCUUUGGCUGGUAUACAGAUACGAACGAAUAGUGAUCCGAUAGUGCGUCAUAAUAAAAUCCAUCACGGCCAACAUGGGGGUAUAUACGUACAUGAAAAGGGUCAAGGUCUUAUUGAAGAAAACGAAGUGUAUUCCAACACUCUGGCAGGUGUUUGGAUAACAACAGGCAGUACUCCAGUUUUGCGCCGAAAUCGCAUACAUUCUGGAAAACAGGUGGGUGUAUAUUUCUAUGAUAAUGGUCAUGGAAAACUUGAGGACAACGACAUCUUCAACCACCUGUACUCGGGUGUACAAAUACGUACUGGCAGCAAUCCCGUCAUACGUGGAAACAAAAUUUGGGGCGGACAAAACGGUGGUGUAUUAGUUUACAAUGGUGGUCUCGGUUUAUUAGAGCAAAAUGAAAUAUUUGAUAAUGCAAUGGCUGGGGUGUGGAUUAAAACUGAUUCAAAUCCGACAUUGAAACGCAAUAAGAUAUAUGACGGACGCGAUGGCGGCAUUUGUAUUUUCAAUGGUGGCAAAGGUAUCCUUGAAGAGAACGACAUCUUCCGUAAUACUCAGGCUGGUGUUCUCAUCUCUACCCAAUCUCAUCCAAUUUUGAGACGCAAUCGUAUUUACGAUGGUCAGGCAGCUGGUGUCGAAAUCACCAACAAUGCAACUGCGACAUUAGAGCAUAAUCAAAUAUUUAAAAAUAAAUUCGGUGGAUUAUGCUUAGCGAGCGGUGUUCAGCCCAUUAUACGCGGCAAUAAUAUAUUCAACAACGAAGACGAAGUCGAAAAGGCAGUCUCCGGAGGACAGUGUCUAUACAAAAUUAGCAGUUAUACAUCAUUUCCAAUGCAUGACUUCUAUCGUUGUCAAACAUGUAAUACUACUGACCGCAAUGCGAUUUGUGUCAAUUGCAUUAAGAAUUGUCACGCAGGCCAUGAUGUGGAGUUCAUACGACAUGACCGCUUUUUUUGUGAUUGCGGUGCUGGUACGCUUUCGAAUCAAUGUCAGUUGCAAGGCGAACCCACUCAGGAUACGGAUACUCUCUAUGAUUCAGCUGCUCCGAUGGAAUCUCAUACUCUUAUGGUGAAUUAAUAUCUUUCAGCAAUUAAUAAAUAUCAAUAAUCUAAUAUAAAUGAACUGGACUGAAAAAAAUGAAGAUUGAUUCGAAUUAACGAACUAGUAAGAGAGUUUAAGAAAGUCGGAUGCCAUUUCUUGACUUUUAAUUUAAUAGGCCAUUCGACCCUAUUGACGUUGAUUGAAAAAGCUAGUAUCCGAAAAUGCUACAAGGUGCGCAGUCAUUUUAUGUCGGUAUACAUAUAUAUAAACAUUUAAAAAUUAUAGCAUUUACCUAGAUAAUUGAGUUGGCCAGACAUGUUCUACUAACCUCAAAUUUAUUGAGCUACAGAUUGAAGCUAAUAGAGAUAUCGAAUCGGUUAGUUGGAAUAGGUCAAGCAAUCGUUCGAAAGGCUGAUACAGGCUGAUUUCUUGAAGGAAGUUGUGAGGAGCGAUGCAACAGCUGCAAAAAGGGUUCUUAAUGUUAACUGGUAGUAGUAGUACUUACCGAUCCAAACGGGGUUAGAUCGCCGAAAGAACAGCCCUUGGUCGGAUGAAAUCCGAGUCAAUUCCGGUGCGUAGAAUCAAUGUUAACUGGUCUCACCAGGUGGUUGCGUUUUUAAUUUCGAAUUCCACUUUUUCAUACUGACAUAAAAGUUGGCGCACCUCGUAGCCCCAAGUACUCCUGCUCGGGACGGUAGUAUACUUUUUUAUAUCAAUUCAAUGAGUGUCAAUUGAAUUAAAUUUACAAACUUACUAAUAAUAUGAAAUAAGAACAAUGAAAUUUAGUUAAGCAUAAACUCGAAUCCCUUUUUUACGUGUUUUCUAUAUUUGUGUGUGUAUUGUUUCAUACACCGUCCUGUGUUUAAUAAAUUGGCAAUUAAAUCAGUCGUAAGGUAAACUCUUUGCUUUAAAUAUAUAUUAAGGACUCGUUUCAAUUUUACUAAUUUUACAUUUUUAGUAUAUUGAUUGACCAUUUAGGAACGAGUCAUCUUUUUUGGUGUUAUGUUUUCGUAAAUGUAAGAAACAACUUAAGUAUAGAAUAUUUUCUAAUUUUGUUACAAUUUCGUUGUACAAAUUGUAUAGAUUGUAUAUUACAAGUAAAAGUAGAAACUCUGGAAAUAAUUCCAACCUAUAUCUAAAAAUUUAAUCCGCGCUUUGGAAAUCAAGGAAUGUGCAAUUAGAGACAAUUAAGUGAUCAACAUUUAGGUUACUAUAACGCUUAUAAUAGAAGUACAUAAUUCAUAUUCAUCUUCGUUUCGGCAUUCGUCUAGAGUAAAAACACACAAGCACCUAGUUGUAUAUCCUACACAAACACACAUGCAUAUAGUGACAUUACGAGAGUUAUCGUACACAUUUGAUAAUUUAUAGAUUGUCGAACAUAUUUAAAGUUUUUAAUAUAUACCUAUACAAAGCUUAUAUUUUUAAUUGAAACAUUUAGGCCAUACAAUAUGAAUGUAUUACAUAAAUCCAGUGAACUUUUCCCAAAUUGUUUGCAAAUUCAACUUUUCGUAACACAAAGAAUGCAAACAACCUCUUAAAAGUAAUAAGCAUGUAAACUGACAUCAUCUCAUAAAGCAUACAUCAAAUACAUACAUAAGUAUAUUUAGCAAAAAAAUGUCCGUUCAUGCAAUCAAAUGUAUGUACAAUGAUCUUACGCUAGUUAUUAAGUUAUAUAAGAUAUUUGUCUAUAUAUUAACGGUAUACGCAUUAUCACACUGCUUGCAUUCAAUAUUACGUAUUUCAUAGAAGAAAGGUGUUAUUUUGUUUCAUUUGAACCUCAGUUUCGUCCAGUAGGUAUCCACAUAUUUAAUGUGUAGUAGCUGUAGUGUAUGUGAAGCAAUUUCUAAGUAUUACAAUAAUUUUUAAUUUUGCGAAAUCAAAAAUUUUUAUACAUUAUAUAUACAUAUACAUAUGUAUAUUGUAGAAGAUAUUGUAUGGAUAUUCAAAACCGUAUGAGCAACUGCGGCUCUGCACAAUUGUAAUAAGUAACAAGUAAACAUACAUAUUUGCAUAGGCAUAUAUAAGGAAUGAGCAAUAUAAUGUUACUCCCGGGGCUUAGCAGCGUAAACGCCAGAAAACUUUAAAUAAAAUGAUAAAUAUUUUUUACUCUGCCCCAGCUAUAGUUAUAGUCAAAGUAAUUAGUUAAGAAUACAUAUAUGUAUGUACGUGUGCCAGAUAAGACACAAUAAUAUUAUCUUUGAUAUGUAAUGAAAAGUGACUACAUGUCUGUAAUGUUAUCAUCACUAUUUUUAUAUACACAUUUUUUAAUUGUUUGUCUUUUUGUUGAGAUGUUUUAUAACUAAAAACACAUUUUAUGUGUAUCCUUAAACGUAUGCCUUUCAUUUAAUUUUUCACACCGAAUGUAAAUUCUAUAUUAAAAUGAUUUUUUAUAUGCUCCAGUGUGUCAUUUAGGACUUAAGUAAAGUUAAAUAGAAUAGUAGUAGAAUAAGCUGAUAUGUAUGAAAACGCCAUUCUGUAUCAUAAUUAUACGUACAAAAAUAUCCAAAGGCUGCAUGCAUAAUAGUUUCAUACACCAAGAAAAUCCCACAUAUGUAUGUAUGUAUGUAUGUCAUACGAACUUUUAUCGAAUCUGUGAACAAGAUCUUUGCUUGUAAACAAACUGUCAAAAUAUAGUAGUAUUUCUUUCAUUGGAAAGCUAUCAUUCGAAA